UGUUACAUUAUUAUUUAUUACCAAAAGGAAAAAGAUAGAAAGGGGAUUCGACGUCAAAUCCCUGACGGUUAUCAACAUUUAAAAUGAAUCAAAGAUUGAGAGACAGUAUUAUGCAUUUGGGGUAGAAAACCAGUUCAUGUUCAUGCAAAAAUAUACACCUGCGAUUCAAUGACACCGCUAUUCACUCCCGUACGCAACCUUGCAUGCGUCCUUAAGGAGUCUUAAACACAAUUCUUCCACAAUAUUAUAGCUAGAACUUUCCUUCCCCUGCAGUAUUGUGUUACACCCCUCCUCGCCCAAUCACAGCACUCCCCCAAAUCCUCCUGCCCGCUAUCCCCGCUAUAAGAGCCCCGGUCCUUUCAGUCUAGCAGAAACCUCUGUGUGGUGUCCACUCUCCUUCGCAGGCCACGGUUCGUAUUAACUGCCGCGUCUGUUGAUGUUGUGUCCAGUUCUUUGAAUUUGGGUCAGGGGUUACUACGCUCCCACAUACAAUACAAACUGUUUGGAAGAGACUAUGCGGGAAGAGGACUCCUCCCCAAUGGACAGUGCAGGGAACAGCGAGGAGGAGAACGACCGUCAGCGGCCGCGCAGGGGUGCAAGGAAGCGGCGGGCGACUCGGAGGCGCGCGGACGACGACGAGGAGGAGGAGGAGGACAUUGAGAUUCCGAGCCCCGAGAAGAAGCAAUGCAGAAAGAGCUGUGACGCUGGAGGUGGAAGCGCGGGCAGCGGCGGCAGCGAAACCAGCAGCAGCCCCGCGCCCUCUUUCGACGACCUCCAGACGCAGCGCGUCAUGGCCAACGUCCGCGAGCGGCAACGGACGCAGUCCCUCAACGAGGCGUUCACGUCGUUACGUAAGAUCAUUCCCACCCUCCCGUCGGACAAACUCAGCAAGAUCCAGACGCUGAAGCUGGCGGCCCGGUACAUCGACUUCCUGUGCCAAGUGCUGGAGAGCGAUGAGCUGGACGCGCGGGGGACCAGCUGCAGCUACGUGGCGCACGAGCGCUUGAGCUACGCGUUCUCGGUCUGGAGAAUGGGGGGGUCGUGGUCCUUGUCCACCACGACCCACUAACAGGCCUGCUGUGGAUGGUGCAUGAAGAUUAUCCAGAGUGAAGAACCAGGGAUGAGACAGACUGAAACAAUCUUACAAGAGCCGAGGGACCAAGCGCUGUGCUUCAGGCCUCAGAGGAGAGUGGCCUUUUCAUAUUUCCCAUUGCAAGGACUUUAAUGUUUGCAAGGGAGCACUUAGAACAGACAAGACGGAUAUGAAGAAAGACAGACCACUGCGACAAUGAAUGUAGUAAAAACAAAAUGAUGUCGGAUAAACUGCUCUGUUUGGAAACAUGAGGGGAAAAUAGGACAAUUCAUUCCACAUUAUUGGUGACAACGUUUCACAGUAAAUGAAGUAUUUUUUAUUUAUUUUUCUACACAAGCUUGCAUUUCCUUUUCCCCACUCAAAUGAAACUUAUUUAUUUUGGGGAUAUCACAUGAUGCUGAAUGGAUCAGGAGUCUGCACAUUUUGAGUGUUGUAAAUAUUUGGUAAUAUCUUGAAUAAAGGAAAUAAAAGUGUCAUUCUUA